CCGCGACUGCCGCUUCCUGGUGCUGCCACAGCCCGAUGGGCGCUGGGCGCUGCAGUCUGAGCCACACGGCCGCUUCUUCGGCGGCACCGAGGACCAGCUGUCCUGCUUUGCCACGGCCAUCUCCCCGGCUGAGCUGUGGACCGUGCACCUGGCCAUCCACCCGCAGGCCCACCUGCUGAGCGAGAGCCGCCGGCGCUACGUGCACCUGCGCCCACAGGAGGACGAGAUGGCGGCAGACGGCGACAUGCCGUGGGGCGUGGACGCACUCCUCACCCUCGUCUUCCAGAGCCGGCGCUACUGCCUCAAGUCCCGAGACAGCCGCUACCUGCGCAGCGACGGCCGCCUGGUGCGGGAGCCCGAGCCCCGGGCCUGCUACACGCUGGAGCUCAAGGCGGGUAAGCUGGCCUUCAAGGACUGCGACGGCCUCUACCUGGCGCCUGUGGGGCCGGCCGGCACGCUCAAGGCUGGACGCAACACGCGGCCCGGCAAGGACGAGCUCUUCGACCUGGAGGAGAGCCACCCGCAGGUGGUGCUGCUGGCCGCCAACCACCGCUACGUCUCGGUGCGGCAAGGGGUCAACGUCUCAGCCAAUCAGGAUGAAGAGCUGGACCAUGAGACCUUCCUGAUGCAAAUUGACCAGGACACGAAGAAGUGCACCUUCUACUGCAGCACCGGGGCCUACUGGACCCUGGUCACCCACGGAGGCAUUCAGGCCACCGCUUCACAAGUCUCGCCGGGCACCAUGUUCGAGGUGGAGUGGCGCGGCCGGAGGGUGGCGCUCAGAGCCAGCAAUGGGCGCUACGUGUGCAUGAAGAGAAACGGGCAGCUGGCGGCCGUCAGCGACUUCGCGGGCGAGGACGAGGAGUUCACCCUGAAGCUCAUCAACCGGCCCAUCCUGGUGCUGCGCGGCCCCGACGGCUUCGUCCGACACCGCCGCGGCUCCAACCAGCUGGACGGCGCCUCGGGGCUGCUGCGCGCGGACGCAGACCUGCCGGCCGGGCCCGCCCUCUGGGAGUUCUGAGCCGCGAGCCCGGCCCAUUAAACCUGUCUGACACCGACUGCUGCUGGGCUCCGCGCCGCGGGGAGGUCUGGCGGGGCCACAGAGGGCCUGCCCUCGCUCUGCCCGGCCCCCAAGCCCGUCCCCGUUCCCCACCCUGGGCAGCCAGGGCUCCUCUGGGCCCGGCCCUUGGCACACUGCCCUCCUUGAGGGGACAGAGAAGAGGCCAGGAGGGGCCCACGCACUCCCGGCCCGCGCCACUGUCCCUUUCCCCACCAUUUAAAACAGGACCUGGAGUGGACUGGCCAGGGACAAGGCCACCAGCUAGCCACCCUCACCAGAGCAGAGCUCCCAGCCCCUCAGGUGACCUGGGCCUAGG